CCAUGCAGGAGAUGUGACAAGUGUGGUGCUGCUCGUCGCCAUGACCAAGAAGACGUGUCUCCUGGGAAGCAAAUGGGACAACCUUGUCAACGAUUGUGUUCCCUGCAGGCCAGAGACCAGACCUCAACCUCCUCACACUCCAACAGAGCUCACGUCCACAUUCACACCUGCAGACGUCCACUCUGACCAGCUGACGGCUCUGAGUCCCGUCCUGUGGGUGGUGCUGAUGUUGACCACCCUGGCCUCCAUCUUGGCUCUGCUCGUCUGCUUCGUGAUGGACAGACGACAGAGCAGACUACACACGACCUCAGAGCAAACAGAAGCUGAAGCCCAGAACUCAACCUCCAAGACCUCACCCUCCAAGACCUCACCCUCCAAGAGCAGCACUGCUACUGCCUGCCCCCACCAUCCUCAUCCUCAUCUUCAUCACCAGGAGUGGUGUGACGGACUCCACCAUUGUGGCUGUCCAGGGUGGGACCAACCAGGCCGGGAGGAAGGAGGUGUGUUGGUGUGCUGGCCGGCCGGGGAGCACAGAGUUCCACUUCCUGCCACGGAGCUGGGGGACACCGCCUUGGUGACCACCAAGACUGUGUAGAAGAACAUCACUUCCUGAUGACCACAACUUACAAAAUAAAGCACUUGCUCCAGA